CUGGGUGGACGGCAAAUGACAGCUGUGCCGGUUGCCAUGUCGCUCACCGCCAGCUUCAUGUCAGGCAUCACAGUCAUUGGCACACCUGCUGAGGCCUACCGGUUUGGAGCUGCGUUCUGGCUCUUUGGCUUCUCCUAUGCCAUCAUGUCUGCUGUCACUGCUGAGAUCUUUGUCCCACUUUUCUACCGACUAGGGAUCACCAGUGCAUAUGAGUACCUGGAGAUGCGCUUUAGCCGGCCCAUUCGGAUAAUUGGGACAUCGAUGUACAUCGCACAGACGGCUCUGUACACCGGUUUGGUCAUCUAUGCUCCAGCUCUUGCACUAAAUCAAAUCACUGGACUUGAUCUGUGGGGAGUGCUGGUGGCUACAGGAGUGGUGUGCAUCCUCUACUGCACUUUGGGGGGUCUGAAAGCAGUAAUCUGGACAGAUGUGCUUCAGAUGGUGAUCAUGCUGGCAGGCUUUGUGGCUGUUAUAGCAAGAGGAGCUGUACUGCAGGGAGGCCUGACGAGGAUUUGGGAAGAUGCCGGCCAAGGAGGCCGGCUAGAGGCGUUUGAUUUUGACCCAGAUCCUCUGAAGCGACACACUUUCUGGACCAUUAUAGUCGGUGGUAGCGUGAUGUGGAUUUCUAUCUACUCAAUCAACCAGUCCCAGGUGCAGCGCUACAUAUCCUGCAAAACCUUGAGACAUGCCAAGAUGUCUUUGUAUGUGAACAUGGUUGGCUUGUGGGUAACAGUGAGCCUGGCUGUGUUUUCUGGCUUAACCAUGUACUCCAUUUACAAAAACUGUGACCCACUUUCAAAUGGUGAUAUAAGCACCCCUGACCAGAUGCUGCCCUACCUUGUAAUGGACAUCCUGGCAGUCUACCCUGGCAUCCCUGGCUUGUUUGUGGCUGCUGCAUACAGUGGAACCCUUAGCACGGUGUCUUCCAGCAUUAAUGCCCUGGUUGCUGUCACUGUGGAAGAUUUUAUUCUCCCUGUGUGCAAAAACCUCACAGAGAAACAAGUGACCUGGAUUAACAUGGGCCUGAGUGUAUUCUUUGGUGCCGUGUGUAUUGGGAUGGCUGGAGUUGCUUCAGUGAUGGGAAGCGUUCUGCAGGCAGCACUGUCCAUAUUUGGCAUGAUCAGCGGGCCUCUUCUUGGUCUUUACCUGUUAGGCAUGCUUUUCCGCACAUCAAAUUCAAUAGGAGGACUACUGGGAAUGAUCAUUGGUCUAGUGUUGACUCUGUGGGUGGGGAUUGGAGGCCAGCUUUACCCUCCAACAGAUGAGAAGACAAAUCCUCUCCAUGUCAGUACUGCAGGCUGCAAUAGCACAAUGAGCCAGAACUUCACAACUACAACUCCCUGGACCAUUAAAGUUUGACUUUAUUACUAAAAUGAUUUUCCUUUGUAUAUCAGUGUCAGACCAGCUUUGGCAGACACCUGGUACUCUCUGUCCUAUCUUUACUUCUCUCUGUUGGGCACACUGACCACGAUGGUGUCUGGCCUGCUGUUGAGCGUGAUCACAGGUGGAUGCAAACAAAAGAAGCUGAACUCUGACCUGUUUGUGAGGAAGAGCGACUUGAUCUGCUUCAGCUGCUUCAGUAAAUCAAGGGUUUCGGAUGUCAAAGAAAAGGCUGCAACUGAGUUUCACAUUGGAGGUGACAACUCAGCAUUCACAGACUCUGAUGUGAUGAGCAAAGAUGUUGAAAAAGUCACCAAACUGUAAUACUGCUCUAACAAUUCUCCGUUCCUUGUGGAGACAGUUUAAUUUUAAGUUUUAUUUUUUUAUAAACACAUAAAUGACAAACCACAAUUAUUUUGCUGCUACACUGAUGUGGUGCAUUUGAUUUGCCCCCCCCCCCAAAAAAAACACAUACUUACCAGUAUGUGAGUAUUUAUGUUGAUGUGAAUGAGACGUUUUAAACAUGUUUAUAAAAAUACACAAUUAUUUAGUUUUUGUAUUAAGAAGAAUGACUCGGAAAACAUAAAGUUUGUAAAUAAUGUAAUUUAAAUU